AUCCACCUUGACCGUUCCUUCCCACACUGACCUCUCACAUGACUGGGUAACUUUGCUGCUACCCAACAUGAGGUCGUUUUCUCUUUUCACAAGUGCCAUUGCGGCAUUGUCGAGCUUCGCAAGCGCCGAAUUAAACCUCUCUGAACCGCUGCGGUCGAAGCAGGUGCUUCCCAGCACAUUCAAGCCUCCACAGGUCUUCAAGAAUGCCCAUUUGGUCAGGACUACCAACUUGGACAAAGCUUACCCCAGGGAAACAGUCAAUGUCCUCAUUGAGAAUAUCGACUCGAAGCCGCAGUCGGAAUACUAUGUUCCAUUCGACACAAGUUUGUUGUCCAAGGUUGGAGGAUUUGAAGUAAGAGACAAGAAGAAUGCAGCAGCAGGGACAUUCAAAGUCGAAGUUGUCGGCCUCGACCAGGACAGCACAACCGAAUUCUACCUUGUCCACCUCCCGGAGCCUUUGGCACCUGGGAAACAGCAGACAAUCAGCAUCUCCUACUCGGUCCUCUCCUCCCUCAAGCCCGUCCCCUCCGAGCUCGCCCAGACAGCGAAGCAGUACCUCCAAUACACCUUCAGCGCCUACACGCCCUCUGCCUACCUCACCGAGAAGCAGCGCACCAAAGUCAAGUUCCCCAACGCCGAUGUCACCGACUACACCACCCUCCCCGCCGAGCUCAACGACGAGCAGAAAGCCGACCCCCAAAAGCAGGGCUCGACCUUUACCUACGGUCUCUACGCCAACGUCCCGGCCGGCGCACAGCAGCCCGUGAGCGUGCGCUACGAGUUCACCAAGCCCGUCAUACAAUCCACACUGCUCGAGCGCGACCUCGAAGUCUCGCACUGGGGCGGCAACCUGGCCACCGAAGAGCGCUACUGGCUCGUCAACGAGGGAGCAGGCCUCAAGAACCACUUCUCCCGUGUCGAGUGGCAGAAGCAGUCGUACAUGAACCCGCCCACUUUCGCCCUGAAGGGCCUGAACCUGCCCCUCGCCCCCGGCGCUGUGGACCCCUACUUCACCGAUGACAUUGGUAACGUCUCCACCUCGCGCUUCCGCCCGGGCAAGAAGGAGAACUUGCUCGAGCUGAAGCCGCGCUACCCCGUUUUCGGCACCUGGAAGUACAGUUUCCGCGUGGGCUGGAACGCAGACCUGUCGAGCUACCUGCGCAAGCUGGCCAAGGGCGACACCUACGUUCUCAAGGUGCCAUUCCUCGAGGGCCCCCGCGCUGUCGAGGGUAUCUCGUACGGUCGUGUGAGCCUCCGUGUCAUCCUGCCCGAGGGUGCGACGAAUGUCAACUUCCAGACCACAGUGCCUGUUGUCGAGAACUCGACGAGCCUGCACAAGACGUUCAUGGAUACUGUUGGCCGUACGACGCUGACUUUGACUGUGAUCAAUUUGGUCGAUGAUUUCAGGGACAGGGACCUGAUUGUCACAUAUGAUUACCCCUGGACUGCGGGAUACAGGAAGCCUGCCGUCAUCACCCUGGGCGCAUUUGUUGUGUUCGCUUUUACAUGGGCGGUUGGCAGCAUUGACACAUCGAUUGGCAAGAAGAAGUCCGCGUAAUGAAAUGACGAAGUUGUGAAGAGGUUGAAGAAGAAAGAGAAGAAUCCUAUCGAAGUAGACGUAUGGCUGUGCAAAAAUCUGGCAUCAGUGGCAGGUACUCUAUAUCCUGUUUCUGUUAGCAAGCAUG